AGUGAAAGAAAUGGUGACCCAUCUCGCCGCUCGUGUGGGGUAGGCUGUCCCGCUGAACAGUAAACGUCACUUCACGACUUUUCCUUGCAAAUUAGACAAUCAUCAGGCACCGUGUAUAGAACCAUCCGACAUCAGGAACAAUGGCUGACCAAGUCGACUACUCGCUGUAUCUUGUAACGGACUCGACAGAGGCCAUUUUAGGCUCGAAAGAUCUGGUUGAGGUUGUCGAGCAGGCCUUGCAAGGAGGUGUGACCAUUGUCCAGUACAGAGACAAGACUAGCGACACCGGUGCCCUCAUCUCUACGGCCAAGAAAUUGCAUGAGAAGUGCAAGCAGUACAACAUUCCUCUCCUCAUCAACGACAGAGUUGACGUCGCGCUUGCCGUAGGCUGUGAAGGUGUCCACCUUGGCCAAGAUGACAUGAACAUCGUUGAGGCACGCCGCCUCCUAGGAAACGACAAGAUUGUUGGUGCUACUGUAUCAUCCGUUGAAGAGGCUACCGUAGCCGUGGAGCGAGGCGCAGACUACCUAGGCAUUGGCACACUUUACUCUACCCAGACCAAGAAGAACACAAAGGAAAUCAUCGGCGUCAACGGUAUCAGGAGGAUCUUGAGCCAUCUCGACAACGCUGGCGGAAAGAGUAAGGAUGUCAAAACAGUCUGCAUCGGCGGUGUCAAUGCAUCGAAUGUCCAGCGCGUCAUCUAUCAACUGUCUGCUCCCCGUUCCAGCUCUUCAAAGCCCAAGACCAUCGACGGCGUCGCCAUUGUUUCCGCCAUAGUGGGUGCCAAAGACCCCAAAGAAGCUUCGUCCCACCUUCGGCAACUCAUCAAGUCUUCUCCACCAUUCUCCAAGUCCAGCGACCCCGUUUUCUGGCUCGAGAAGAACGAAGAUGAAAUCAAGUCCGUGAUUUCGACGGCCGACAAGGCCACCGCCGCAGUCCACUCCAAGAGCCCUCUUAGCCACAACAUGACCAAUCUCGUCGUCCAGAACUUCGCCGCUAACGUCGCCCUGGCCAUCGGCGCAUCUCCCAUUAUGGCCAACUACGGCGAAGAAGCACCCGAUCUGUCGCGUCUCGGCGGUGCGCUUGUCGUAAACAUGGGCACUGUGACGCCGGAUGGGCUGCUGAACUAUAAGAAGGCCAUCACUGCGUACAACGCUGCCGGCGGGCCGAUCGUGCUUGAUCCUGUCGGUGCGGGCGCGACUAGUGUGCGUCGGGAUGCGCUUGUACAGCUGUUGGCCGCUGGAUACUUCGACCUCAUCAAAGGGAACGAGAGGGAGAUUAUGGCGGUUGCGCGCGCUUCGGGCUUCACGUUGGAUGAUCUAAGUCAGCAGCGUGGCGUUGACAGUGGGGAUUCACUGUUCAGCCUUGAACAGAGAGCGUAUCUUGUUAGCACGAUUGCGCAGCGGGAGAGAAAUGUGGUGCUUAUGACGGGCGCGACGGAUGUUAUCAGCGAUGGCGUGAGGACUUAUGCUAUCAGCAAUGGCCACGCGUACCUGGGGAAGAUUACUGGCAGUGGGUGUACGCUGGGAACUACGUUGAGUGCGUAUCUGGCUGCGUGGCCACAGGACAAGCUGCACGCGGCAAUUGCAGGAAUUCUGCAUUACGAGAUAGCGGCUGAGUAUGCGGCGAAGAGAGAGGAUGUCAAGGGUCCGGGGACGUUUGUGCCUGCAUUCAUUGAUGAGCUUUUCGCUAGGGGCCAGAUGGUCAGUGAGGAGAAGGAGAGUUGGGGCAAAGACGCAAAGGUUGAUUGCCUAAAAGACAUUUCCGACACCGGGCUUCUGAAGGACGUCUAAUCGUUACACGCGCUGUGCUGCGUUACAUAUCGUAGGUUGUGACCGC